AUGUUCUGGUCUGGGGAUCUACUCAAAACCAACGGGUCCCUUGCCCGCGUGUGGACAUCAUACUCGACGGAGCGCAAGCUUUCCAAGAAUGCUGUACUGCAAUCCAAUGUUAAACAGAGUGUGGAGGAGAUCAUGCGACCCUCACAUGCGCCAUUUGCUUUGCGCCUCAGCUCUCAGCUCAUGAUUGGCGUUGUCAGAAUUCACCAGCGCAAAACGCGUUACCUGUUGGACGACUGUAACGAGGCGAUGAUGAAGAUUAAACUGGCUUUUCGUUCUACUGGCAACAACGAUAUGACGUCGAACAUGCAGGCCGGGAACAAGGAGUCACUCUUGCUACCUGAUCGCUUAACAACCUUCGAUAACUUGGACCUCCCUCCUCCACCCGAUGCAUCAUGGCUGAUGGGUCCCACGGCCGAGCUCACCCCCGCGCCUGUGGGACGCAAAGGCCGUAGCAACAACAACAAUCGCGACACCCUUAUGCAAGAGGACUUUGACAACAGUCAGUUCUUGCAAGGCAAUCCUCUCAACGAGCAGAAUCUCGGCAACCUGGACGAUCUGGACCUGGACCUGGAUUUUGGACUUGAUCCCGAAGGUCCUACAAUGCAGAGUGUCGAAGUCGGUCGAGACGCGCCCGCACCACGCGCUGUGGAAGAUGAUCUCUUCAGCGACUUUGGCGGGCCACUGAAAGACAGGGACCAAUCCAUGGCUGCCGAUUUCCCGUCGGAUGGUGUGCGCAUUGCUGAUGCUGAGGGCGACAUUGCCAUGGGUGAUGACGAUUUCCGAUUCAAUGCGGAUGAUCAGUCUGCUCUUCCUGAGCUGAACGCUGUGCCCGAACUCGACCGUGCUCGCAUUUCGGAGAGCCCACUCUCUGACAUUGACGAGGACAUGGCUCGAGACGCUGAAAUCACGUUUACCAACCGCCAGACGGACCUAUAUGAGCCCGCGGACGAGACCGAAACUACACUCGUCCGCCGUCCCGCCAACCGCGCCAGAAAGCAACGGGUGCUGCUGCCAGAUGACGAGACAUCGCUUUCGAAUGCUCACUUUAAGCAGCAACAGGUCGACCGCUCCAACAUCACACGCGAUACCUCGUUCUUGCCUAGUGAUCCGUACUUGCUCGCUUUGAUGGAUAUGCAGAAGUCUGGUGGAUUUGUUUCAUCUAUUCUGCUUGAUGGACGUAGCGACGGCUGGGCUCCGGAAUUGCGCAGCCUGCUGUCGCUGGAGGCUCUCCAAGGCGCCCCCGAGCUCAAGCGCAAGCGCGACGGUGGCGUUGCAGACGUCGAGACCGAACAAGGCAACCCCAAGUCGCCACGCAUCGAAUUAGACGAAGAUGAGGAUACGAUUGUCGCACCCAACGCUGUUGGCGACCAAAGCGUCGCUGAGGACGGCACUAUGUUGCGCAUCGCCGAUGACGACGCCGACGACAACACAGCCUUGCCCAACUUUGACGACACCGUUGCCCCUGCUGUCCACCCCGCCGACAGUGGUCCCAUCUCACUCGGCACCAAACACGCUGUGCACAUUCUACGCGAUCUGUUUGGUGAUGAGGCAGCGGACAGUGAAGAGGCUAGGAAGAACAGCACCGUGGUCUUCCAGGAGUUGCUACCUGAGAAGCGCACAACCAAGGCCGAAGCUACCAAGAUGUUCUUUGAGUGCCUGGUCUUGGCUACAAAGGAUGCUAUCAAGGUGGAGCAGGGAGAGGAUAUGGGGGCGCCCAUCCGCGUGCGCGGGAAGCGCGGCCUCUGGGGGGAAUGGGCUGAGCGGGAAGCUGGCGGCGAGAUCGGCGCCCAAGAGGAGGAAGGGGACGCAAUGGACCAUGCUCCAAUGGGUGCUUCCGCUGUGGCUGUCGGGGCAUGA